AUGUUAUCUACUCGUCAAUUAGGUAAAAAUGGUCCUCAAGUUUCAGCUAUUGGAUUUGGAGCAAUGGGUUUAUCUGCAUUCUUCGGUACUCCAGCAUCUGAUGAAGAACGUUUUAAAGUAUUUGAUCGUGCUAUUGAACUUGGCAGUACUUAUUUCGAUAGUGCCGAUAUUUAUGGUGAUAGUGAAGAAUUACUUGGAAAAUAUUUCAAAAAAUAUCCAGAACAACGUAAAAAGGUAUUUUUAGCAACAAAGUUUGCUAUUAAAUUCGGUUCAGAUGGACAAGUUUCUAUUCGCGGUGAUGCUCAAUAUGUUCGCGAAGCAAUUGCUAAAAGCUUGCAACGUCUUGGUCUUGAUUCAGUCGAUCUUUAUUAUAUACAUCGCAUUGAUAAGACUGUACCAGUUGAAGAAACAAUCGAAGCAUUAAAAGAACUUGUUAAUGAAGGCAAAAUUAAAUAUAUUGGCUUAUCUGAAUGUUCAAGUGAUACACUUCGACGAGCAUAUGCAAUUCAUCCAAUUGCUUGUGUACAAAUUGAAUAUUCUCCAUUUGAUUUAGAUAUUGAAAACGAUGAAAUUGGUUUAUUGAAAGCAUGUCGUGAACUUGGUGUAGCUAUUGUAUGUUAUUCACCAUUAGGUCGUGGAAUGCUCACAGGACAAUAUAAAAGUCCAGAUGAUUUUGAAGAUAAUGAUCUACGAAAAUCAUUACCACGUUUUUCAAAAGAAAACUUUCCAAAAAAUUUGGAAUUAGUUGAACAAUUAAAAUCCUUAGCUAAGAAAAAAGGUUGUACUCCAGGUCAACUAACAUUAGCUUGGAUUCUUGCUCAAGGUGAUGAUUUUAUUCCAAUACCAGGUACAAGUAAAAUUAAAAACUUGGAAGAAAAUAUUGGUGCAGCUCAAAUUAAAUUAUCGAAAGAAGAAAUACAAGAAAUUCGUCACUUUUCAGAAACAGCCGAUGUAGCAGGUGAUCGUAGUAGACCAGCACACGCUGCUCUUCUUUUUGGUGAUUCUGCUCCGAAAAAAACCUAA